AUGUUCGAGCGCCGCGCUGCAGACCGCUACCGCCUCCGCCUCCACCGCGCCCGCUCCGUCGUGCUCACCCCCGAGGAAAUCGUCGAAGUCCGCGCAGCCCAACGCACGUUCGAAGGCGCCUACAUCCGCACCUCCCUCUCCCAGUUCUCCUUCGCCCUGAUCAUCCUCAAAAUCUUCACGUCAGAGUUCUACAGCAUCGGUGCGCUGUUUGCCGUGUACGGCGCGGGGGUGUUGACGAUAGGCCUGUUCCGCCGCCAGCAGGGUAAUAGGCAGUUUUUCAACGAGGUGGGCGAGGAUGGGUUGCAGAGACGUAAGUUUCGGACGAGUGGGAAUGUGGUGCUUGUGUUGACUGCGUUGAGCAUUGCGGCAUAUGCGUGUUUGUUGGCGUUGACGUUGACGUUGAAGAUGUGA